AUGACCCUCAAAUAUCUGGUGACUGGAGCCACCGGUGGCCUCGGCAAACAAAUACUAGCCUACUUGGUCGCCAACGUCCCUGCUUCUGAAUACGCAGCAGCAUCAUCCAAUGAAGCCAACCGCAAGCACUUUGAAGAUCAGGGGAUCGCAUUCCGAGUCGUGAACUAUGAUGACCCAGCAAGCAUGGAAAGAUCAUUUCAAGGCGUGGAGAACCUCCUCUUCGUGAGCACGAACACCUUUGACGUCGAGAAGCGACGGAAGCAACACCAAAGCUUCGUCGAUGCGGCGAAGAAGGUGGAUGUCAAGCAUGUCUGGUAUACAUCACUUGCCUUUGGCGGAUUCCGCUCCGACUCCAAGGCGAAUGUUCAACAAGCUCAUCUGAUGACAGAAGAAAUGCUGCGAGUAUCCGGGAUCAACUACACCUCCGUUCGUGAGGGCGCUUACACCGACGCCUUCCCAGUGUUCAUGGGCUGGUACCCGAGCAGCUCGGCCGUGUACCUCCCAUCAGACGGGCCGGUGGCAUUCACCCUGCGCGACGAGCUGGGCGAAGCCACCGCACGACUGAUGGUGCGAGGCGGGUACGACAAGGAAAUCGUGCUCCUGACGGCGCAGGAAACGAUCACCUUCCGUGAGAUUGUGGAGGUGAUCAAUGAGACCACGGGUCGCUCGGUUCGACUAGAGAUUGUUUCACCGGAUGAUUUUGUGAAAUUGAAAGCUGCGGAUGACGAGGGAGGGAAAUCGGAAGCAUUCUUUCAGUCGAUCUUAUCGUGGUACGACUCGAUUUCGAAGGGAGAGGUCGGCACGACGGAUCCGCUCAUGACCGAGCUGCUCGGGAGGCCGCCGGUCGGGGCUCGGGAUGCGAUUCGGGGGUUGUUAAAGGAGAGGGAUUAUGAGUGGCAUCAGAACUAUGUCAACCGAGAGUAG